ACGAUGAUGAUGAGUGUGUCGCGGCAGCGGACUGGAGUCAGCAGAACUGGGAGUGGAAACGACCAGCAGGCGGCUACAAGCGACAGUGACAACUUUAGACAUUUUAAAAAAAACGCUUCUCUCGGGGGUUUCGCGCAUCAGCAGGUGAGGAUGAGCGACGCGAAUCAGCCUAAACUGGAACUUUUUGUUAAGGCAGGCAGCGAUGGCCAGAACAUCGGGAACUGUCCCUUCUCCCAGCGUCUCUUCAUGGUGCUGUGGCUGAAAGGAGUCACCUUCGAUGUCACCACCGUGGACAUGAAGAGAAAGCCCGACAUCUUGAAGGACCUGGCUCCGGGAGCCCAGCCUCCCUUCCUGCUCUAUGGCAGCGAAGUGAAAACGGACACCAACAAGAUCGAGGAGUUCAUGGAGGAUAAUCUCUGCCCUCCGAAGUAUCCCCGUCUGGCUGCUCGUAACCCGGAGUCCAACACGGCGGGCAUGGAUGUUUUCUCAAAAUUCUCUGCUUAUGUAAAGAACUCAAACCCUCAGGCCAACGAAAGUCUCGAGAAAGGCCUGCUCAAGGCUCUGAAGAAGCUGGACGACUACAUCGGCUCCCGUCUUCCUGACGAGAUCGACGAGAAUAGCGCCGAUGAGCUCACUUCCUCGUCCCGCCCCUUCCUGGACGGCCAAGAGCUCACGCUGGCCGACUGCAAUUUGCUGCCUAAGCUCCACAUCGUGAAGGUGGUGUGUUUAAAAUACCGAAACUUCAGCAUCCCUCAGUCUCUGACACACCUCUGGAGGUACCUGAACGCAGCAUACGCCAGGGAGGAGUUUGCCUCCACCUGCCCGAGCGACAACGAGGUGCACAUCGCCUACUCCUGUGUAGCCAAAGCGCUCAAGUAGGAGGACAACGGGAUUCAUAAGUCGUUAAUACACCUGCACAAAAGAACACGCAUUAGCUCACCUGCACACACCACGCAGUCACUCUGCACGCCACCCGCUCGACCUGUUGGUCCAGAGCCGCCCGUUGCAUAAUGGCAGCUUUAAAGGUUAUGGGGGAAUAUUCUGACGAGAUGUAUACACACACACACACACACACAUGCACUGACUUAAAACUACCGCCUUGCUUGUGUACAGUUUCAGCCUCAGUAGACACGCAUUGUAAAGUGGCUUCUUGAUGUCUUCUCCGUCUUAUCUUUGUAUUUUGGGGACUCGUCUGACACAAAGCUGCCUCCCAGAUCAAACCUUUACUCUCACCGUGCUCGCCUCACGCAGACCGAUCCAACCGGUUUGGCUCAGCUCCACUGACAAGGGAUUUGUCUGUAACCACAAGGCUUCACAUUUACUUUUAUUGUUUCAUGAUUGAGGGAUUAAGGCUUUAUGUUUUGCGUUUAAAUAACCUCAGAAAGGAAGCAAGGUGCUUUUUCCUCUGCGGACCAAGUCUCGCUUUUAGGGAGGCCGAGUAACAACGGUUACAGAGACAGGAAACCAUUUCAAUAGACGAGGGCUUCCCCUUUCUGCCCCCACGGCAGCCACUAAGGAUUAUUGAAGAUUACCACGCUUGUUUGUAAUGCACUGCCAGUCUCUUUACAGCCAUUUAUUUUGUUCUGCCUGUCAUGUACGAAGGAUCCUCUUUUAAAUAUUGUAUAACAGAGGGAGAUCAGAUUGUGAGCGUAUUAAAGUUAAAAGCUGAAAGCACUCGUACUACUUCCUCCGGUAGCUCACAGCGCAAGAACUGUUCUGCCUCGUGUUUCUCAGGAGGAAGAAGAAGAAGAAAGAAAAAACAGCAGGAAGUUCAAUGUAAACAUGCAAGUUAUGCGAUAUUGCUCUGAAAAUCCUCCACAUUGUUAAUGUUAAAAAUGUCCCUAAAAAAUGUGGAUUACCACACAUAAACAUGUGUUUGUAUUGCACCACAGAUCGGACACACCCGUUGUUCAUGAACACCUCCCAGUAGAAGGAGCAGCGUUGAGCGUUUCACUGUUGUGUCACCCGGGGCAACGAUGUGGCUCAUUAAUGCCUUUCUGGCUCAAGCCGUGGUUCAGUUGUUGACAAUUAGAAACAUUUGUAACGGCACUAGGCUUGCCCAUGAAUUCAAAACAUUGCAUGUUGAGUGAUUUCUUAUAAAAGGGACUUAAAACGAAACCGCUGGGAAGAACAGGAACCAAUCGGAACACGUCUGGUCCGACUGUAGCCGUGUUCGUGGGUUUCAUUCAUCACGGAAACUCUGUAAAUGAACAUUUAUGGAGGCGGUUUGCAAUUAAGACUUCACAGAUACAUUAGGUGUGUUGUGAGCUCAAGAUCAUUAAGUGUCAUGUCUCUCAGAUUAUUAGGGUGAAGCUCUUUUAAGUAAUUAUUUACCUAAGUGCAAUUUAAGCCUUUUUAAAAAGACGAUCUUGUUCGUCAUGGGGAGCACAGUUGGUUAUUUUUGUACACGGUCCAAUCCUUCUUUGAGGUGUUGAUCAAAGAGAUGAUACUGUAUAUUUUAUAUUGACUGAAAGGUUGUGGAUUUCAUCUAUUUUCUAAAUAUGGAACAACAUUUAAAGGGACUGUCUGAAUCAUUUCAGUAUUUUAGUAUUUCUUCUCCAGUGUGGAAGAGUUGUUCACUUCUUACUGUCGGACAGAAUUUCAGGGACCAUUUAACUUGAUAUAUUCAUUCAAAAUGUUAUCUUUAGACUUUUUUUUGUUUUAAAACAAAAUGUCCUCUUCAUGUAUUUUCUUUAUGAAACUCAUAUGUUGUUUUUGACUUUGUUUCCUACCCUUAUGAAUUAAUUUACAAAUAUUGUGUUUUUUUUUCAUGUAGUCACUAACUCACACAGGAUCAGAACAAACUGUGUAAACUAAACCAGUAGAUUAAGAUAACCAAUCAAACUAAGAGCACAGCUGAGAUGUAUGUUGUGAUUAAAAGUCCUUACAAAGACACAUGUAUUAAUAUCCUAAUAAAGAAGUAUCUUGAUAAUCAA